AUCCGAGGUGUGUGUACUCUCAAAACCCUAAACCCAUCUCCUUUUUAUCUCCCCCACGCAGCCGCCAGCUCCAUCCGUCUCUUCACAGCAGCACCAUCCGAGUCCAAGGGAAAGAAAGAAGCCGUCUUUGAUCUGCAUAUCGCAGCAAUGGCGAAGAACCCCAGGGUCUUCUUCGACAUCCUGAUAGGCCAGACCCGCGCCGGCCGCGUUACAAUGGAACUCUUUGCCGACAAAGUUCCCCGCACGGCCGACAACUUCCGGCUCCUCUGCACCGGCGCCAAGGGCCUUGGCGCGUCUGGCAAGCCGCUCCACUACAAGGGGUCGGCCUUCCACCGCAUCAUCCCCGGGUUCAUGUGCCAGGGCGGCGACUUCACCCGCGGCAACGGCACGGGCGGCGAGUCCAUCUACGGCGCCAAGUUCGCCGACGAGAACUUCAAGUUGAGGCAUACCGGACCGGGCGUGCUCUCCAUGGCCAACUCCGGGCCCAACACCAACGGGUCGCAGUUCUUCAUAUGCACGGAGAAGACGUCGUGGCUGGAUGGGAAGCACGUCGUGUUUGGGCAGGUGGUGGAUGGGUAUGGUGUCGUCGAGAAGAUGGAGAAGGUCGGGAGCAACAGCGGGACGCCGGCGCAGAGCGUUGUCAUCGAGGACUGUGGCGAGAUAGCGGAGGACGAGCAGUGCUGAUGAGUUCAUUUUAGUUUAGGUGUUCUAAAUAAAUGUACUGAUCCAUUCGCAAAAAAAAUUUGUACUGAUCCGAUUGCAAGCUGUAGCGUGUUCAAGUUUCAGUAAAAACAUUUGAUACGUACUUGUGGUAGAUAAGUCAAGUGUCUUUGUACUCUA